AUGAAGGAUAACGGCAAUCUAACGUUACUUCCUCUUAUGGAUAUUGAAGAUUAUGAUAACUUAUCAUUUUUAUAUGGAAAUCAGACUAUUAUUGCUCAAUCAAAUUCAACUGAAAUCAUUUCAAGACGUCAUUGGCAUUAUGUGUUUGUAUCAAUAGCCAUAUGUGGAAUAUUAGCUAAUGCUUCGAUAUUUUGGAGAAGAAAAUCAUCAAAACGAUCAUCAUCAACUACAAAAACUUCUUUAUUCCUCUUAAGUACAAUGGCUGCUGCUGACACAAUUUGCCUCAUUUCUCUCCUUUUUAUGUUAACAUUGCGUUAUUUUCACAUCAAAGAAGUGUGGUUUCUGAAUUUAGUUUGUAAAAUCGAUUUAUUUCUCAUACAUACUACAAGUGCUUUCUCUAUAUGGUGCUGGCUUGUAUUAUCGGCAGUACGAUAUGUUGCUGUCUAUCGGCCAUAUACACAUCUUCGAUUAAACAAAGAACCGCGUCUGGCUGUGAUAAUUUUAGCCGUUUUCUGCUGUUUAAUGGAAAUUUGGGUUUUAUUUGAUAUACAAUAUCACCCAGAUGCCCAAGCUUGUAUGAGCAGUUCUGAUGAAUGGCUGAGCAGAAAUCUUCAAAUAUCCGAGAUAACAGCUUCUUACUUCCUACCCGUAGCCAUAUUAACCGCUUUAGACAUGAAGGUUUUGGUCUGUCGUCCAUUCUACCAUGAGAAAUCAAAUAAAAAAUGUGAAAUGUCAUCAACUACAGCCAGAGACAGCCCUUCAUUAGUAAGAGCUGUUCCAGAAGAAGCAAAAGCCAUGUGUCAUCUUGAAGUAACUUCUCAGAACUCAUUAGGAAACAAUAGCUUGUCCAGGGCAAUAUUCGAAUCGAGUAAACUAUUAGGAGGAACAACGAAAUUAGCCUCGUUUGAUAACUCAACACUCAAACGCGUGAGAUCAAAGAAGCGAUCACAACAAAUGCGAGUUCUCAGAAGGUGUCUCUGCAUUACCAUAUUGGACUUGAGCAUGAACCUUCCGUCAUAUCUUCUGCGGCUAUAUCUGACUAUCAUUACCGAAGAUGAAUUCCGUAAUUUAAAUGAAAAAGCUAUGCAUUAUAUGGAAUCCAUCGCACAAGUUCUAUAUUUUGCCCAAUUUGCUUUGAAUGGCUUAUACCUUGCAUUCAUCAUCUACGAUACGCCAAAACCGAAAGAAAAGGUGCCUCUUAGUACUCAAAUCAGCUCAGCUUAUCAUUCUCUUACACCACGAACAUCAUCAAUGAAGUCAAUGUCGAAUCAUCGAAGAUCGUUCAGAUCACGUGAGAGCGAAGUGCUAAUGGUUUGA